CUCCCGAAACGCAUCAUUUGGCAACCCGUCAUCAUCACAGUUCCUCUCCAGCGAAGCUAAGCUACAACCCCACUGCGUUCCCCAUCUGCUGGAUAGAGCACCUUACGAUCGCCUCGCAAAAAACAGCGCGGGGAAUAUACUAAACGUCUCAGGGGUGUAAAAGAGGAAGGAAGGUGCACUCAGGAUGGUCACCAUUCCAGAGUACUACGAGGGAAAAAAUGUUCUUAUCACAGGGGCCACAGGCUUUAUGGGGAAAGUACUUCUGGAGAAGCUGCUACGCUCAUGUCCCGGUGUCAAAGCUGCCUAUGUGCUUGUCCGGCCCAAAGCAGGACAGGCGCCCAAAGCCCGUAUUGCUGACAUGAUCAACUGCAAGCUUUUCGACAGACUGCGAGAGGAGCAGCCAGAUUUCGCAGAGAAGAUCGUGGCGGUCGACAGCGACCUGACACAGCCAGAUCUGGACCUGAGCACCGAAGACCAGGAGACUCUCACGGGCUGCAUUAACAUAGUGUUUCACUGCGCUGCCACCAUCCGCUUCAACGAGCCUCUGAAAGAUGCCAUGCAGCUGAAUGUGCUGGCCACACAGAAGAUGGUUAACUUGGCUCACAGAAUGAAGCAUUUGGAGGUGUUUAUCCACGUGUCCACAGCCUACGCCCACUGUGACCGCGAGCUCAUUGAAGAGCUGGUCUAUCCACCACCUGUCGAUUACAGGAAGCUCAUAGACACACUUGAGUGGAUGGACGACAAACUGGUCUCUUUAAUGACGCCAAAGCUGUUAGGUGAGCGGCCGAACACAUACACGUUCACUAAAGCCUUGGCAGAACAACUCAUCCAGCAGGAGUGUGGGAACCUCAACGUGGCCAUCAUCAGGCCCUCGAUCGUAGGAGCCAGCUGGAAGGAGCCGUUCCCCGGCUGGAUCGAUAAUUUCAACGGGCCGAGUGGGAUAUUCAUCGCUGCAGGAAAGGGCAUUCUACGAACAAUGAGGGCUUCAAAUAACGCUGUCGCUGACCUCGUGCCAGUCGAUGUGGUCAUAAACACCACUUUGGCCGCUGCCUGGUAUUCCGGUUCCCAGAGACAUGCCAGGCCGAGAAGUAUGUUGGUGUACAACUGCACGACGGGCGGGAUCAAUCCUUUUCACUGGGGUGAAGUUGAAUACCAUGUUAUAUCCACUUUCAAGAGGAACCCCCUCGAGCAGGCAUUCAGGCGGCCAAAUGUAAAUCUCACAACCAAUCAUCUUAUCAAUCAGUACUGGAUUGCUGUAAGCCACAAGGCGCCAGCAUUCCUUUAUGAUCUCUUCCUCAGGAUGUCAGGAAGAGAGCCCAGGAUGAUGAAGACAAUCAGUCGGUUGCACAAGGCCAUGAUGGUGCUGGAGUACUUCACGAGCCAUUCGUGGGUGUGGAACACAGACAACGUUACCAUGCUCAUGAACCAGAUGGGAUCUGAGGACAAGAAGGCAUUUAACUUUGACAUCAGGCAGUUACACUGGGCAGAAUACAUGGAGAAUUACUGCAUGGGCACUAAAAAGUAUGUUCUCAAUGAAGAGUUGUCAGGACUCCCAGCGGCACGCAAACACUUAAACAAGCUGCGGAACAUUCGCUACACUUUCAACACCAUCUUGGUUGUCUUAAUCUGGCGCAUUUUCAUCGCCCGUUCGCAGAUGGCCAGAAACAUCUGGUACUUCGUCGUCAGCUUGUGCUUCAAGUUCCUCUCCUAUUUCAGAGCCUCCAGCACCAUGAGAUACUGAAUCCACCCCAGCUGUCCUUUCCCACCCCUCUCUCCCGACGGCUAUGCACACAUUUCUGCUUUGUGAUACUCCAGACUCUGAGGGUCAAGCGUAGUAUCCGCUGUCCUCCCUUCCUGCACAAAUGCGCCCUCAACAUCACAGGGUGCCAGUGCACUCAACUGCUAUAUAGAAAGCAUGGUUGUCAGGGCUCGAGGUCUAUGAAGCUCUCUCAACACGAUGAGAGUGCGUUUGAGCACUUACUGUACCUGUGCCACCUCCUGAACGCAAACAGGUUGUGGCCACUCUUGCUUAUUAUGGUAUACAUAGCUGCUUAUUCUUUUUGGCACCAUUGGCCCCUUUCUAACUAAUCAACGAAGCACAAGGAGAGAAAGAAAUGGCUUUGUCUCAGCUCUGUGCCUACAAUUCAAAAAUAACCUUCAUCACGUGCCCGAUGUCUUUGUUCGAUUCUUGUCUUCUGCCUUACUUCUUUCCGAUACCUCUCACCAUCUUUGAGAUGAAAGUGAUUGAUGUGUCAACAAAUAAUAAGCAUCCCGGCCUUAUGUUUGUCUUCACAAUCUUUUCUUCAGUCAAUACCAAAAAUGUCAUCUUGAAACACAUUUUUUUUUAAUGUCCUACUUGACGUUUUUGUGAAAGCAAUCAACCACUUUAUUCCAAAUUUCUAUGUUAUUAAUAGACGUUCAAAAAUAAAUUCCCAGAAAUGCUAGAAAAAGCAAGCCUCAGUUCGUUCCCCUGCUUAAACCUGUUGCCUUUAAUGAGGCUUAUUAAUAAACAUGAGCAGAUGGGAUUGAGUCGACGGUUCGUAAACGUUUAAACGUUUAAUCGUUUCACGUCAACGGCCGUUUACAAACAAUUUACAGGUUCGUUCCACUCGUGUUUCAUAAAUAAAGUGCGAAGAUUAUCUCUUGCCAUAAUUUAUUUGUGUUCAGGUAAUUCAGCUAAUUAACCAUCUUUACGUUCUUUAGCACUUCGAUCGAGUUCGUAUCAGAGGAGGGUAAAUAAUCAUUGUUCUUCCUUUUUUUCACCCGAAUUAUUUUGUGAACUGUCUGAAUGUUGAAGUCAUGUGAAAGAUAUAAAGGAUGUAUGUUUUCUAAAUCGUUCUAUUUAGAUAAAGCACUGUAAUUUAACAUUGUCUGCUACCAAGUAUUUUUCAUGUUUGAAAUAAAUAGGAAGUGAUUGUUUAUGACGCGAAAGGAAGAGAUGUAAUGUUACAGUAAAUGCACCGUAUAGACUACUUUUAUGAUCACAAUGUCAAGUUAUGUUUGUCAUAAAAAGCCAAUCUCUUUGCACAGCUAAAUAUCAUACUAGGAAGCGCUAGUUGGUGGAUAUUGUUAUUAACUUUCUGGAACUAUUCUGUCUUUUCUAUUAACUGAUAAAAAAAAGAGAAAAAAAAAACCUUGCCUUCAUUUUAGGAUCCAUAAUUUUAUGUGGGAGUUUGAGUGGAAUAGUGAUUUUGAAAACAAGUUUUGUGUAUUGUUGUUUAUCCCAAAAUAGGGUAAAAAUAAUAUAUAUAUAUAUAUAUAUAUAUAGAGAGAGAGAGAGAGAGAGAGAGAGAGAGAGAGAGAGAGAGAGAGAGAGAGAGAGAGAGAGAGAGAGAGAGAGAGAGAGAGAGAGAGAGAGAGAGAGAGAGAGAGAGAGAGAGAGAGAGAGAGAGAGAGAGAGAGCUUCUCCCUCUAUAAUAUUCAAAUUAUCUUUGUAGUUUUUUUUUUUUUUUGUAUUGGGUAAAAUGAAGCUUCAUUGGGUUUCUUUUGUGUGUGUGUGUCAGGUCACCUCGUGUUUCUUUUCCCACAGUAUUUUAUAACGAUAAUAUUAACAUUUUCUUCCUUAAGAUCAAGCUGAAGUCGGGCCUUGAUGGGACAAAUGUAGAUCGUUUCUCUUUUUGUCUGUCUUGAAUGUAUUUGUUUUUGUUAAAUAUCCUGUAACUAUCUAGAAAUAAGUGAACCGUUCCCCACAAUGUUAUGCUGUCUGUUUUCUGGGAGAAUUGUAAAUGCCACAUUAAAAUGUCAGUGGAGGGUUAAAAAUCAAUGGGUGCCUUUCGUUUGUGAACCAAGAGAAUAAACUAUGUGAACUUGUU